UGUGGGGGGUCAGACUAGAUGCUCACGCGCCUGUAAGGUGUAUUCCGCAGAGAUCCGUGUUGUUGGACCCAGCGAGCAAUCUUGUUUCUGCAUCAGGAAACCCCGCGAAAGUGUCUCCUCUUUUGGCAUGACCCGGCUCGGCGUGAGGCUGUCGGGUGUCUGAGAGGCUCGGAGGAGGGCGCGAGGGGGCUGGCCAUGUUUGCCCCCCAUUCCGGGUGCCGCGGGCUGGGUCCGCUCCGAGCCUGGGCGCUGGAGGCCGGCAGGCGCUGGCCGCGUCGGGCCGGCCCGUGCCGGCUGUCUGGCUCCGCGCGCGGGACCCCGAGGGAGUGGACCGUGCCGGUGAGCCCCUUUGGGCAGCUGCGGGCGCGACUGCCGUGCCACCUGGCGCUCCGGCCCCUGGACCCGCUGGCCUGCCCCGACGGGGCGCGCGUGCAGGUGGCCGUGAGCGGCGCGGAGGGCGUGCCCGGGGGCGCCGGCAGCCUGCAGGUGACGUACGACGAGGCGCGGAAGGAGGUGAGCAUCGUGUCGGACACCAUCCACCCGCAGGCCUCCGUGGAGGUGAACGUGCCUGUCAAGUUCGAUUUGAAUAUCAAGUCAUCAGGAUCUGGCUCUGUAAAAGUCAAUAAUAUUGAGUGUGAUAAUUGCAAAAUUGAAACUGAGCAGGGAAGCAGCAUCUUACAGUCUGUUAAGAGUCAAAAAUUGCAUGUUCAGUCAAAAGGUGGUGAAGUGAUCUGCCUCGGAACAGUUUUUGGAAAUAUAGAUAUUCAUGCAUCAGAUAAAAGUACUGUGACUGUAGAUAAACUGCAGGGAAGUUCUGUUAAUAUAUCUACUGAAGAUGGUUUGCUGAAAGCCAAGUAUCUUUACACAGAAUCAUCAUUUCUAUCUUCUGCCAUUGGGGAUAUUUCAUUAGGAAGUGUUCAUGGUGACAUAACAUUAAAAAGCAUCGUGGGAAACAUCACAGUAGAUUCAUCCUCUGGAUGUCUAAAUGCCUUAACUGAUCAGGGCGCCAUAGAUGUCUAUAUCAGCCAACUGGGAAAAGUAGAAUUGAAAUCUCAUAAAGGCUCUAUUCUUGUCAAGGUCACACCUUCUCUUCAAGCUCAUGUACGAUUAUCAGGGAAAGAGAUUGAUGUAAACUCUGAAGUCCCUAUUCAAGAAAUGAGUGAAGCUCUUCAAGAGGAUAUUGUAACAAUUACUGGGCUAAUAAAUCAAGCAAGCAAACCUGAAAAAUGGAUUAAGGCUGAUGCCCCAAAAGGCCAUAUAAGAGUCACAAGUCAAAACUGGUUUCAAUCCAUGAAACUGCGGGACUAAGAAUGGUUUGAAUUGUACUUAAAACUUUAAACAAGAAUUAGCAGAUCUGUAAUAAAAAAAAAUUCACAUUUCAUAUAAAUGUUGAAAAAAAUACUGCUGAGAAUUUUGGAGGUGGGGGUUGAACUUUUUCAAAAUGUGUACCUGCUGGGCUAUUGUGCUUUCUGUUACUUUAUAGCAAAUGACGACGACUGGACAAGUUUAAAAUAACCUCCACUUACCCGCUCCCGGUUGUGUAACCAGCAUGGCAGAGUUCUGUGCUUAGGUGUUGACUGGGAUGAGGUUUCAUCUGAUGGGGAAAGAAGCUACUUCAAAGCUCACCUGAAUUGUCGGCAGAAUCCAGUUCCUUCUGACUCCGUGACUGAGGUCUCUGGCUGGCUGUGAGUCAGUCCUCACACUAGGCUUCCUGAGGCCACCGCGUCCCUUCCCAUGUUGCCCUCUUCACCUUCAAGCCACCAGUGAGGGAUUCCAUCUUUCUCAGCUCUGCGUGCCUGGCAGCUUUUGCCUCCAGCUAGAGAAAACUCUGCUUUUAAAGAGAUACUGAGAGACCUCUAGAAUAAUCUUGUUUUCCCUUUUUGCAAUUGAAUUUAGCACAGUCCUGGAUACCAUUUCAUUAUAUUCUGUUUUCAAGAGGCAGCAUACACAAAGGCAUAGUAAUGGGGACAGUUACCUUAGUUCUUUGUAGGGGAUCUCUCCUGUAUAACCUGUUUUUGCUUAAUAACUUCUGGUGACCUGAGUUCCAGUUUAAGCUCUGAAUGAAGCACAUAAGUGUGAUGCCUGGAAAACCCGUGAGCAGGGCUGGGCCCCAGCAGUACCUUGUCAUCAGCACUGAAUGGUCCAACCUAAUUUCUAAUAAACCUUUCCAAAUAAUGCCUA